CACGUUUUAACGCACAGUCUUCGCAUCGUCCAGGAUUGCACUGUCGUCUGUGUGGUUUCUGCAGGUUGUCGCCAUAAUAACCAACACCAAAAUGAAGACUUCUUUGGCCAUUUUUGCUGCUUUAUUUGCCUUUGCAUUCGCAGUAGAUGUACAAGAAGAGGAAGGUGUCUUUGUGCUUACCGAUGCCAACUUAGCCACGUUCGUUGAGGAAAACAACCAUGUGUUGGUGGAGUUUUAUGCCCCUUGGUGUGGCCAUUGCAAAUCAUUGGCUCCAGAGUAUGCAAAGGCAGCACAGGUGCUGAAAGACUCCAAAUCAGACAUCAAGCUGGCCAAGGUAGAUGCAACAGAGAAUACAGAGGUUGCCAAGAAGUAUGAAGUACGUGGUUAUCCAACUCUUAAGUUCUUCAAAAUGGGAAGUGCUAUGGAAUACAGUGGAGGAAGAACCGAAAAAGACAUUGUCAGCUGGCUUUCCAAGAAGACUGGUCCUCCAGCAGCAGCUGUGACAUCUGCACAAGAGGCAGAUGCCCUGGAAGAAGCAAAUGAAGUAGCUGUAGUAGGAUUUUUCAAAAGUCUAGAUUCAGACAAGGCCAAGGCAUUUUUAGCAGUUGCCUCGGAAAUGGAUGACCUCGCAUUUGCCAUUACAACUGAGGAUGCCGUCUUCAAAAAGUAUGACAUUACCGACGACAGUGUUAUCCUACUCAAAAAGUUUGACAACCUGCGUGAUAAUUUUGAGGGAGAAUUCACUGAAGAAGCUCUUAAUGCUUUUGUUGUUAGUAACCGUCUACCACUUGUUAUUGAAUUCACCGAUGAAUCCGCACCUAAAAUCUUUGGUGGUCCAGUGAAAGUUCACAACCUGCUGUUCAUCAGUAAAGAUGACGCUGAGUUCAGUAACGUCCAUGUUGCCUUCAGUGAGGCUGCAAAAGCUUUUAAAGGAGAGAUGCUAUUUGUCCUGAUCAACACACAAGUUGAGAACAAUGCUCGCAUCACUGAAUUCUUUGCAAUUCCUGCUGAUGAAAUGCCAACCAUGAGAAUCAUCGUUCUAGCUGAUGACAUGAAGAAAUACAAACCAGACUCUAAUGAAAUGACAGCCGAGAAGAUAAAGCAAUUUGUUCAAGAUUUUAAGGAUGGUAAACUCAAGGCACAUCUUAAGACAGAAGAAGUUCCUGAAGACUGGGACAAAGAGGCCGUCAAGGUUCUUGUGGGCAAGAACUUCGAUGAAGUCGUGUACGAUAAAAGCAAGGAUGUUUUGGUAGAAUUUUAUGCUCCAUGGUGUGGACAUUGCAAGAAACUAGCUCCAAUAUUUGAUGAUUUGGGAAAGCAUUUUGAAGAUAGAGAGGACCUUGUUAUUGCUAAAAUGGAUUCCACUACUAAUGAGGUGGAGGGAAUAUCAAUCGGAGGGUUUCCCACGUUAAAACUCAUUAGAAAGGAAACAAAUGAGGUUGUUGAUUAUAACGGAGGAAGGACAUUGGAAGAUCUAAUCAAGUUUUUGGAGUCUGGAGGAGUAGAGGGCGCUGGUGUAGAUGAGGAUGAAGAUUUUGAUGAGGAGGAUGAGGAAGAGGAGGAUGGGGAUCAAGUCAAGGAUGAGUUGUAGAUGUCUCCAUGGUUACAUCAUCUUCAGUCACACACUCCCUGGUAUUACAGUCAACUAGCUCCCUCUCUAUUCAGCUCUCAACUGUUAAAAAGCAGAUUCUCCUUUUGUUAAUAGCAUGUAUAUUUAGAAGUUUGGUCUUGGACGUAGAUUUCAAUAGUUUUUAUUUUUUAAAGUAAAGCAGCACAACAAUACCAGGGAUUGAAUGGCCUUAAUUUAUCCACCUUUUAGUUAACCAUCUUGAUACCAAAUUGUUGGCUGAACUCUGUACAUGAUGGAAUGCAUCCUUGCAAACCAUUGCGUAAGAUGUUGAGGCAAUAAGUCUGUGGAUGAACAAUCCUGUUUAGAUUUAUGCCAAUUGGUAAAAGAAAGAAUUGAAGUCUUUGUUGAUGCAAUACCAAGAUGCUUAAAGUAUUGGUAGAUGCUACGAUACUUUGUGUCACUUAGUACAUGGUGGGUGUACUGAUACUUACAACUUCAAUAACAACAACAAUUGUCGCUGGUAUAUAGAAAAUUAAUUUAUUCAAAUUCUCAUUGGUUAAGGGAUUUUUUCAAUAACUUGUGUUUUAACUUUUUCUACAUUAGGAUGGUCCAAACAAAAUGAUGAUUUGCACUCAUUAUUGAUUUUAUAAUCGGUAACAAACUAUUGUCAUUUUGCUAUUGCAUUUUCUGAAGAGGUUUUUUCAAUCCCCCUAUAAGAAUCAAAAAAUUGUCAGUUACAUGUUUGAGAUGGCAUUUGUUCUCUUAAAAAAAUCUGUUUUGGCUUUUCAUAUGACAUAUCUGUCCUGAAAAUUACACUCGUUAAUACUGUUAUCCAAAUCUAACAUUGUGGUUUGAAAUGUGUUUCAAGAAGCGUAAAAGUUACACUGCCAUGGGAAGUAACCAUCUCAUUACAGUAUUUUUUAAUUGAUUUUUAAGUGUCCAACUUUCAUCUGGAUUAUUGAUGUUGGUGCUACUUUUGUUGUAAUUCUUUUCUUACAGAGCAUUUGCAAAGCAAAACCGUGAUGUUUUUAAUUUAUCAACAUGUAGUUUGCUUUAUCUUUUCUCUGUAAUUUUUGUACAAAACAUCAACAACAAUAAAAAACAGGACAUUGUUAUGAAUGUCUUAAAACUUCUAGAGCUGAAUUUCUUGCUGAUAGAAAUUAAGUUAUUUUCUGAGAAUUAGCAUUUCACUGAGAUACAUCUAAAUUAUCUCUAAGCACAUCCAAUUUGAUGUGUUGAUGAACAGUCAUUUGCUGUGUUGAUGAACAGUCAUUUGCUGUGACAUUGCCUUAGCCUGAAUUUUGUUGUUUAUUUUAGAGUUACUUAUGCAACUGUACCUUGAAAAUGGCUUCAUAAUGUGAAGACGUAAUAAAUGAUGCAACCACUUGCUGUACACAAACAAAUGUUAAUGUACAUGGUACAUCUUCAUAAAUACUAUUAGAAACUAAAUAAUCAGUUAAAAGCGUUAUUUUCUUUGUGAAAGGAAAAUUAUGCCAUGUUUUAAAACAUUGUGGAAAGAAACUUGUUUAAAUGUAAGUCUUUAAUAUAGAAUAUCAGUUUCCUGACUUUGCAAACAAAGUAGUGAGAAAACAAAAAUCAGGAUAUAUUUAUGGAUUGGUCAUUUUUGUUUAUUUAAAUAAAUUUGAAUGAUUUUUCUUUUUAUAAAAUAUAAUGUGACAUUAUUGGCUAUUAUCUAGACCAACAGAAACUUGAACAAAUUGAUUAUUUGUGAGAAACAGAAGAUAAAAGAAUGCUUAAUAAAAGCUGUCCAACCAA